GGCAAGAUGAGGAGGUGGCAAAUGUAUAAAUUAUAAUGCUGUAUAAUCUGCUAUAAAAUGAAAACAUGCACAUCAUUCCUGAGGUUUCUCAGCAAGUGCCUGAACACUGAAUGGAGAAGUUGGGAAAUCAUCAUAUGAAACCAGAGAUGCCUUGAGGCCCAUGUCAUCUUUCCUCUUAGGUCCAAUACUCUACUCAUGGAAGGAAUAAAUGAAACUGCAAAGAUGCAGUUUUUCUUUCGUCUAUUCUCACCUGACCCUGAGGUCCAGAUGCUGAUUUUUGUGGCCUUCUUGGUGAUGUAUCUGACUAGCCUCAGUGGAAAUGCUACAAUUGCAGUCAUUGUUCAGAUCAAUCAUUCCCUCCACACCCCCAUGUACUUUUUCCUGGCUAACCUGGCAGUUCUAGAAAUCUUCUAUACAUCUACCAUCGCCCCAUUGGCCUUGGCAAACCUCCUUUCAGUGGGCAAAACUCCUGUUUCCAUCACAGGAUGUGGCACCCAAAUGUUUUUCUUUGUCUUCUUGGGUGGGGCAGAUUGCGUCCUGCUGGCAGUCAUGGCUUAUGACCUGUUUAUAGCGAUCUGUCACUCGCUGCGAUACAGCCUCAUCAUGAGCUGGUCCUUGUGUGUGGAGCUGCUGGUAGGCUCCUUGGUGCUGGGGUUCCUGCUGUCACUGCCACUCACCAUUUUAAUCUUCCAUCUCCCAUUCUGCCACAACGAUGAGAUCUACCACUUCUACUGUGACAUGCCUUCAGUCAUGCACUUGGCUUGUGCAGACACACGUGUUCACAAGACUGCUCUGUAUAUCAUCAGCUUCAUCGUCCUUAGCAUCCCCCUCUCAUUGAUCUCCAUCUCCUGUGUCUUCAUCGUGGUAGCCAUUUUACGGAUCCAGUCAGCAGAAGGGCGCCAGCGAGCCUACUCCACCUGCUCUUCUCACAUCUUAGUGGUCCUCCUGCAGUAUGGCUGCACCAGCUUUAUAUACUUGUCCCCCAUUUCCAGCUACUCUCCUGAGAUGGGCCGGCUGGUAUCUGUGGCCUACACAUUUAUCACUCCCAUUUUAAACCCCUUGAUCUAUAGUUUGAGGAACAAGGAACUGAAAGAUGCCCUAAGGAAAGCAUUGAGAAAAUUCUAG